AUGGCUCAUUUAUGUGCUUUUGUACCACAAUAUGUCCUAGAAGGCAUUGUCGAAAAGGGUUUGGCCCCAGAACACAUUAUCAAUCGGUGCCAAUCCACUAUUGACAAAACUACACAACUUCGGGAUACCCGUGGACGGCAUGUGCAGAGCAUCGCAGCUGCUCAGCAGCAGCGAAUCUCCCAAGGUAUUAUUCCACCCUAUAUCCUUGAGUCAAUAGCUCGGAACCCGGCGACAGAACAGCAGCGCGAGGCAGCGCGCCACACACUCGCACUCAGCACUAAACAUCGAACAGCAGCAGCACGUGGAGGUAAACUUCUCUCCGAGGCGGAGGACCCCACCAACAACGCAAACGAGUGUUAUAAUGGCCUUGGGAAAUCUUAUGACUUCUACUUCAAUUUCUUCCAACGAAACUCAGUUGACGAUAACGGCUUUGAACUUGAUGGGUUCGUCCAUGCUGGAGACCUCUAUAACGCCUACUGGGACGGCUAUGAGCUUGUCUUCGGGGAUGGAGACGGCGUGAUCUUCGAUGGAUUCACAGACGAACUUGACGUUAUCGGCCAUGAGUUUAGCCAUGGCGUUGUGGAGCAUACAAGUCCACUCCCUUACGCCUUCCAGAGCGGUGCUCUCAAUGAAUCAUUGGCAGACGCUUUUGGUGUUAUGAUCAAACAAUGGGGUGAAGGCACCCCCAAGACUGUUGACCAAGCCGACUGGCUUGUUGGGGAGGGGAUCUGGGCUGAAGGUGUGAAUGGCAGGGCUCUCCGGGAUAUGGCAAACCCUGGAACGGCUUAUGAUGAUCCUCGAGUGGGGAAGGAUCCUCAACCUGCACACUGGAAGGAUUUCAAGAAACUCUCCGCCAGCGACGACGAGGGCGGUGUUCACAUCAACUCUGGCAUCCCUAAUCGCGCCUUCUAUCUUGCCGCAACUAAGAUUGGAGGGUAUGCUUGGGAAGGCGCCGGCGCUAUUUGGUACCGCGCUUUGGCCAGUGGUAAGCUCCGCAAGGACGGUAAAGCUAAGUUUAAGGACUUCGCGGAUCUUACGAUUGAGAAUGCUGGGGAACAUGUGGAUAAGGUUAGGGAAGCUUGGACACUUGUUGGAUAUCCAUUCGCAGAGGAGAGGCAUGAGCUGUAA